GGUAAAGUCCUGCUCUGUGGACUGUGGACCCAAAGAGCUGCUGAGCAUCUGAUGGAGGACUGUUCCCGCUGUCAGCCCGUACGUUCGUGUGGAUCUCUGCUCUCCUGUGGACACUGAGACAUUUCUGAUCAGACCGUAGCUCUGCUGCCGCCAUGUUUCCUCCAGAGUCAGGUCGACCCUCGUGGACGCUCCGGCUGCUCGUCUCCGCCGCCGCUGUCCUGGUACUGCUGGCAUCACUUCCUGUGUCAGCUGUGGAACCAGAGACUUGCUUCUCCAGACAACACCAGAGCGCUCGAGUCAACGUCAGACUGGCCUUAAACAGACCGACGACGGCCAUGGAUGCUCGGGCGGUCCGGUCUGAGAGGGACUGUGUCCUCGCCUGCUGCUCAGAGGAAGUCAAACCAGGUGCCAAGUGCAACAUGGCCGUGUUCAACGCCAACAAACACGCCAGUGAUGAUAACUGCUUCCUGUUCCACUGUCAGACGGAGCAGGACUGUCCUCUAAUGAAGGCUCAGGACGGCGUCAACACCUACGACAUCUACAAAGGACUGAUUCAUCCAACCACUGUGAGACCUGUCACCACGACAACCACCUCCACCACCACACCGACCCCGACUACACCUACAACUACAACCACAACCACCACACAAAGUACAACAACACUGCCCACCACCACAACAACAACCACACAACCCACCACUACCACAACAGCCACAACCUCACCGCCAACCACAACCACACAGGCACCAGCCACCAUGACAGCACCUGCACCCAUCAUCAUCAUCGCCACAAUGGCUGCGAUACCUCCAUCACCCACCACCACAAUAACAACACCAACAACACCAACACCAACACCAACAACACCACCAACAACAACAACAGCAGCUUCUACCACAAGCCCCCUCCAGUCCGACCACGCCCUCCAGAACUCGAGCGUCGGCCGGGGGAAAGCGGUAGCGGCCCGGGGGGCGGUGAAGAGCGGCGUGGUAGCGUUCAUGGUGCUGGGGCUCGCCAUCCUCACACUGGCUCUGGCCGUCGGCGGACGGAAGGCGAUGGAGUCCUUCGACAGACGACAUUACACGAGACUGGAGCUCAAUGACCUGCACUACGAGGUGUGA